AUGCGGACGCUGGUGCGGCGCUGCUGGGGGACGCGGCCGGCGGUCGGCGGCGCGGGCGGGAGGCCGGGCCCCCAGUGGCUGGCGCUGGCCGGUCUCGGCCGGUCAUCUGGCGGGGAGGAUGGCCGGGGCGCCCGCGUCCGCGAGAAGCCGCCCUGGCGAGUGCUUUUCUUCGGCACAGACCAUUUCGCCCGCGAGACGCUGCGGGCGCUGCACGCCGCCAGGGAAAACAAAGAGGAAAAGUUAAUUGAAAAAUUGGAGGUGGUCACAGUGCCCUCCCUAUCACCAAAAGGACUGCCAGUGAAGCAAUACGCUGUCCAGUCUCAGUUUCCGGUGUAUGAGUGGCCAGAUGUGGGAUCUGGAGAAUAUGAUGUUGGCGUGGUAGCUUCAUUUGGCCGACUUCUGAGUGAGGCGCUUAUUCUUAAAUUUCCUUAUGGCAUAUUGAAUGUCCAUCCCAGUUGCCUCCCAAGGUGGCGUGGUCCAGCACCCAUAAUCCAUACUGUUCUUCACGGAGACACGGUUACUGGAGUGACCAUUAUGCAGAUCAGACCUAAAAGGUUUGAUGUAGGCCCAAUUCUCAAACAGGAAAUGGUUCCUGUGCCACCCAAGAGUACCUCAAAGGAAUUAGAAGCAGUGCUGUCAAGACUGGGUGCAAACAUGCUUAUUUCAGUUUUGAAAAAUUUGCCUGAAAGUUUGAACAGUGGAAGACAACAGCCAGCUGAGGGGGUGACACAUGCCCCUAAGAUUUCUGCUGGUACCAGCUGUAUAAAGUGGGAGGAACAAACUUCAGAGCAAAUACUGAGACUUUAUCGUGCCAUUGGAAAUAUAAUUCCAUUGCAGACACUCUGGAUGGAUAAUACCAUUAAACUUAUGGAUUUAGUAGAAGUUAGUGGUUCAGUCCUCACUGAUCAGAAAUUAAUAGGACAGGCUGUUUUUCCAGGAUCAGUAAUAUACCACAAACAGUCACAAAUGCUGCUGGUUUGUUGCAAGGAUGGCUGGAUUGGUGUUCAGUCAGUGAUGCUCAAGAAAACACUAACAGCUACUGAUUUCUACAAUGGAUAUUUGCACCCCUGGUACCAGAAAAAUUCCCAAGCUCAUCCAAGCCAAUGCAGAUUUCAGACUCUCAGACUUCCAACAAAGAAGAAGCAGAAAAAAAUUGUUGCUAUGCAACAGUGCAUUAAGUAGUUAGGAAGAGGAUGGACAAGACCUAUUACAUAUUUGUAAUUUAUUAAAAGCCUUAUUUACAAGGAAUUACCUUUACUUUUAAAGAAGAUGAUACUGUUGGAGGAAGACAAGAUUAUUAUCAAGAAAUUACCUCACUUCCCUUUUUUUGUUUAAUUGUAGUUAAAAACAACCUUUUCUACUUGAAUAAUUAAAGAUUUAAAUAAAAAUUUUAUUUAUAAUAUCAAACUCAAAGAGAUUGUAUUUUUCCCAAAGAGCAGGGGUAAGUAGGUGGUAUGCAUGUGUAUACUGAAGAGAGGUUCUUUUAGAAAUUGCAUCUGUUGAAUUUUUUUAAAUCAUGUUACCAUUGACUGUGUUAUUUUAGGAGGAGUAUUUAAUCUACAUUUCUAAUUUUGAACAAGUGGUAAAGUCAGCUCUUUAAAUUUCUCUACUAUCUAGUUCCCAUCAAGUAGUAAACAUAGAUGAUCAUCUCUGUCACACUGAUCUAUAAAUUCAUACUUUAGGUUUUCUUGAAGUAGGAAUAUGCUAACAUGUUUCAGCAUAUUUAUGCAAUAAAGGUUAUUGACAUCUGGUUUGUGCAAACUCACCUUCUCUGUCCCCAAGAAGUUUUCAAGCACUUUGGAGGAGGAAGGAGGUGUAGUGUUCAGUUGUUGAAUUUUUGAGAAUUUUUAUAUAUCAACUUUUCCUGUCUAGAUUUUAUCAGUUAAAAUCUCCAUUAAUUCAUUCAACAUUUAUUGAUAGGGUGAUCAUAUAAUUGGCCAUGUAAAUCAGGACACAUUCAUUACCAUAAUAACUCCUGACAACAGGCAUAAGCCAGGACUCCCAGGCUCACUGGGCUGUAUGAACACCCUAUUUUUUGAGCUUUCUCAUAAAUUAUAUAUUUACUGUAUAAUUAACAUUUGUUCUGGUUGCUGGAGAUGAAAUGUACUUAAUAUUUGUUGUCUUCAAUUUACCAGGAAGGCAAAUAUGUGAGCAAACAUAAAUUUCAUAUUGAAGGUAUAACAGAAGCCUUUGGUGUUCCUCAAGGUAGUAAGUGGAACCUUU